UAGACUUUUUCGCACUAAAGUGUGUUUUGAAUAUUCAAGUAUACAAGCCUAAUUUUAAGCGCGUCUUCCUCUUUUUUAGUAAUUUUUUAAACGCUUAUCUUUGUUUUUCUGAAUGGUUUUGGCUGUCAAUUUCACUGAAAUUUAAAUUGUUUUUUUUAAUUUAGGCUUAGAUUCAUCUUAAUUAAUCUUUUAAUUUCCUCCAUUUUGCCUCUAAGUUUGUUGCAAUUUUCCGUGCGCAUCUCCCCUCUUCUUUUUGUUUACAUCGUUUACCUUUUCUUUAAAUCGAUAUUUAAGUGUAUCUAUUGUUUGGCAACUUGGAAAUUAACCCAAAGGUUUGGGUUAAUUUGGGUUAAUCUUUCGCCUCUUUUAACAAGGAAGACGAUCGAUUUUAACGUCAGGAACGCUUCGGAGAAAGUUUCCUCUGGCUUUGUUCCACUCAGGAGAAGUUUGCCUCCUCUGGCUUUGUUCCACUCAGGAGAAGUUUGCCUUCUUUUGGGGGUUCACCGAAGAAUAGAGAUCGGCCUGGGUCUGAACCAAAGCUUGGGAUUUUACUGUACCCAGAGUCUAGGCCCAGGCAUUUUUCGACCUUCCUGGGUUUUUUACAGGGCUAGGGUUUUUACUGGACUGCAGACUUUGGAGUUGGCCCAAGGUCAAUAAAUCAAAGCUAGAGUCCAGUAAAAGGCAAAGGCUUUUCAAAAAAUACCGAUCUCUACCGAAGACGCGCUCCCGCCAUUUCUUUUGUUUUUUACAUAUUUUUAACUCAAAAAUUUUCAGUUCUCUAAUAAAAUUAUUUAUUAAAAAUGACCACAGCACAAAAGAAAUCUAAACCAAUUUUGAAAGAAGUCCCAGAUUUGGUUUGUGAUGCAACAACAAAGCAAACUUAUACAAAAGGAAAAUUUCUUGGAAAAGGAGGAUUUGCGCGUUGUUACGAGCUGACCAAUAACAAAACAAAAAUUGUUUAUGCUGGAAAGGUGGUGUCCAAAACUCUUUUGAUAAAGAAACAUCAGCGUGACAAGAUGAAACAAGAAGUCCAAAUCCAAAAAAUGCUUUCACAUCCAAACGUUGUCAAAAUGGAAGGAUUUUUUGAAGAUGAAGAUAAUGUUUACAUUCUUCUCGAGCUUUGUUCACGUCGUUCCCUUAUGGAGCUUCACAAAAGGAGAAGGGCUGUGACUGAACCUGAAGCUCGUUAUUUUACGCACCAGAUUGUCCUCGCUUGCCAUUAUUUACAUUCAAUGAGAGUAAUUCACCGAGAUCUCAAACUUGGGAAUUUAUUUUUGAAUGAAGACAUGCAAGUCAAGAUUGGGGAUUUUGGCUUAGCUACAACUCUGAAUCAUGAAGGAGAGCGUAAAAAGACUUUGUGUGGAACACCAAAUUAUAUUGCACCAGAAAUGCUUGACAAAAAGGGACAUUCUUUUGAAGUUGAUGUUUGGGCUAUUGGUUGUAUUUUGUACACGCUGUUAGUUGGAAAACCACCGUUUGAGACAGAGACGCUUAAGGACACAUAUAGCCGUAUCAAGAAUAAUCAAUACACCGUUCCACCAAGAAUUGGAAAGGAUGCUACAGCAUUAAUCUCAAGAUUGUUAGCUCAUGAGCCUUGUAGACGACCAAAAAUUGACGAAAUUCUUAAUUUUCCAUUCUUUACUGAUGGUUUUCUGCCUAAAAUUCUUCCAAGUUCAUGUCUUACAAUGGCACCAAAGUUUAAUAUGCAAGCAGUUAGUGGUGGUCAAACAUGUGCGCCUAAUUCUUCUGAUGUUCAACCAAGUCCUCGGUCGAAGGGCCCAGCCUUUACUGGCCGUGCUCCUCUUGCACCAGUUCCUGAAGCUAAGGAAACACCACCUAUGGUCACACAUAAACAGGAUAAAGCUGCAGUUCUUAUUACGGAAAUGCCUGCUGGAGAGAAUAAUGGCGUUCCUCAAGAUUAUUAUCUAUCUGAUCUGUAUGCGCAGUUAUGUUCACUUUUGAACACCAACACUGAAAGAUUUAAUGAAGCUGAUAGAGGAGAAAUUGAACAUCCAGCUUCUACCCCAAUUUAUUGGGUCUCUCGUUGGGUUGACUAUUCAGAUAAAUAUGGCUUAGGUUAUCAAUUUUGUGACAAUAGCGUUGGCGUUUUGUUCAAUGAUAAUACUAAAGUUAUAUUGGAUGCUCCAGGAAUACAACUCCAAUACACAGAACGUAACAAUAUGGAACAUUUUUAUGCUGCAGACAAAUACCCACAAGCUUUGGAAAAGAAAAUUACUUUGCUAAAAUAUUUUCGUUCUUAUAUGAAUGAACAUUUGAUAAAAACUGGUGCAAACAUUCCAAUACGUGAAGGUGAUGAAUUGGCUCGUCUUCCAUGUUUAAAUACUUGGUUUCGAACUAAAUCUGCAAUUGUUUUGCAUUUAAGUAAUGGAACUUUGCAAAUUAACUUUUUCUAUGACCAUUCAAAAUUAAUUGUUUGUCCAUUAAUGUCUGCUGCCACAUAUAUUGACCAAGCCAAAAAUGUUUUUACAUGCAAAUUUUCUUUGUUGGAACAAUAUGGGUGUCCGAAAGAAUUGUUACAUCGACUUAAAUAUACAAAGGUAAUGGUAGAACGUUUAAUAUCCCGUAAUGCAGCGACAAAUCAUGGAGAUUUAAAAGAAGGUGGUGGUGGUCGUGAUAUUGUUGUUGUUGAAGGAAGUGGACGUGGUGGUGGAAGUAUUGGUAGUGUAGGAGGAGGAGGGACAACAACAUCAUCUCGAUUGCCAGUAAAUUUUUGA